GUUGCCCAGCCCCCGACCGAACAGUUCCCCUCUGUUCCUCCGCGUAGCCGUCCUUCCUCCUCUCGAUGCGGCGGCGUUACUCCCUCCUCGAUGCGCUGUCGAUCCGCGACAUGAUGCUGCGGGACUACUUCUCCGCCGGUAUGGUCCAACCCCCUCCCCUCUACACUUCCUCCAUAGCCCCUAACGGAACGGAAGAGGCACCCAGCCAGUCUAUCGAGGGGAUGGCAAAGGCGCAUGGCGCGGCGGCGGCUCUAUCCCCCGACGGCGGGUACACGUCGGACACGCACGACGAGGGCGGGCCGCAAGAAAAAGAAGGAGAUGGCAGACGAUUCGCCGCCACCGACCAAGGUCCCAAACCAGUGGGUCGCCACAACUCCCUGAGCGACCACGUCAGCGAGUGGGUUAGUAGCAUUGACAGCGAAAGCCUCUGCAUCGCCGAGGAGGAGGACGUCGCUGUCGACGACCAGAGCAAGGACCUCACGGACUACGUAGCUCGCCCGCGUCCCAUCGUGGCCGGGGAGGAGUCAGGUAGGAGUGUAGAAAAGGGCAAGCAGGUACAAUGAUUCACCACUCCUGUUCUUCUCCAUCUCGCAAUUGAAGAUUCAGGUAGUCCACUGCAUCUUGCAAUUCUUGAUUCCUGGCCUUCUGCAUCUUAUUUCCUUUGUCCGUUGCCUCUGAAUCUGAUGUGCCGAUUGGAUUGACGCAGGAGGCCAGGAAGGCCACAAGUGAGGCAUCCAGCUCGACUUCGCCAUGCGGGUGCGCUGCACAUUCCACCCAUCGCCGGCAAAUCAUUCGUCAGCUGGGAAGGUGAGCAAGCAGCUCUCCAGGCUUGAACAUUUUCGUCAGUGUGACCUGAUCAUUUCCUAGCUUCUUCAUAAUUGUUUAGACCAUCAGAUACUACAUUGCCAAUUUUUCGGUAAACUACUACAGUAUCAUUUUCCAAUUUCAGGUAUGAAUAUUGCUAAAUGUAAAAUUCUCUUGCGGGCGAGAAUAUGUGUUGUAAAAAAUUUAUGAAGUAUUUGUAGUGCCUAUUUUGAGGGCAGGCCUGGCGCAGUGGUGAAGUCCUCCCCACUUGUGCCAAGAGGUCCUGGGUUCGAACCAGCCUCUCUGCAUUGCACUUUGCAGGGGUAAGACUAGGUUCCUAUAAUCCCUCCCCAGACCCCACCUUGUGUGGGAGCUUCUAUGCACUGGGUCUGUCCUUAUUUGUAGUGCCUAUUUUAUUUUCUCAAAUAUAUUAGUUUUUCCUCAA